AGGCAAAAAGAUAAAAUCAUCCAAGUAAAAACCCAUUUGCCCAUCACUCUCCAAUCCACAAAAUUGGCGCCACCUGCCUCUGUUCAUUCCUGACCCACAUCACUUGGAAGUUUCAAUUUUUAGAUUUCUUGAAGAAAUUAUCAGAACCCAUUUUGUUCUUCAAUUCAAUUCAAUCCAAUUCCAUCCCAAUCUCUGUUCUCUUCACCCUUUUCUUCUUCUUUUUCAGUUUGGGAAUUUACAUAUCUAUAUGUUGGAAUCAAGACAUGCUGAGAAUAAUAUCUCAGAUGUUGGUUGCAGUGGUGCUAAUGACGAUGGCGAUGAUGAAGACGACGAGACUCGUAAAACUAUGGCGAAUACACAAAUCAGGCAUGAUGAGUUUGAUGAUGAUCGGAAAAUGGAGAUGGGUAAAAAGGGGUUUGGAAAGGCGAAACAGGUGAUGUUCUAUCCAUUUCGAAAGGCGAAGAAACAAAUUCUUCGUCGGAGGAUUAAGAGCGCUUCUUCUUCUUGUUCUUCUUCUUCUGUUACUUGUACUAGAAAAACAAAUUCUUCGGAUAAGAGGGGUUUUGAUGGGAGUGUUAAUCAGGGUUGUGGUUUCUGUUUUACCAAACUUUCAAUUUCAGAUUCUAAGAAUGGGUCUCCUACUGAUCCUAAUAAUCGGAAGUUCACUAAUGAAAUGUUGAAAGUUCUCAUUGAGAAGAAUGAUUUCUAUUCCAAAGAAUCCAAUCCUCACUUGGAUGUUCAAGUGGACACUAGACAGAAACAUUAAAUUUAAUUGGGUUUUGCUUGUUGAGGGAGUAAGGCAUUGUGAGACUCAGUGAUACAGGUAGAUGGCAUAAAGUGUGUUAUUAAUUCUCCAACAGGGUACAUUCUAGCAGGGGCUUUACGUGUUAAGUAGGGGAAAAAUUCCGGUAAGACUAGCAUGAAUUUUCUUUUUAUACUACUUUCAUUCAUUGCUUGCCAGAAUGGUAACAUUUAAGAAUAAUACGAGGUUCAUGAAAUAAAUUAAAGAUACUACUUGAUGAUUUGUCAAAUUAUGAAUUAGAAGAGUAAGUAUCGUGGUAAUACUCGAAAUUUUCUCGCGAAGUAGAAUCUGUUUUGUAGUAUUGUUAGCAUAUUAAGGUUUCUGAGGAGAUGGUAGAAAUUCUAUGCAUAAGCAUCUCUUAUGGAGAUUGCCAAAUUGGUGGAAGACGAAAUAUAUUCUAAAACAAGGUUUUCUUUGGUGAUGGGACUAGGUUUGUCUGAGGUCUGACUCUAAUGGAAGGGAAUAUAUUUCUUAUAACGUUUGCCAAAUCUAAUUGUCUGUUCUUGAUUGUUAAAACGACAUUGUAUAGGCGCAAUGAUAAAGUGUUGAAGGUUUUGAUAACAUUAACGGUGCGAGGACAUAGUAUAGUCGUGCAAAACUAUGAUAUGAGAAGAUUUGCUAGAGAUAAUUGAGUCGUCUUGAUUUGAAGUCUAGUUAUGUGAAAUGACAACCUACAAAGAAAUAGAAAUUAGAUUGUAAUCAGACUAUCUGUGACAGGAUUCUAUCACUAAUAUCGUAUUAUAAAGAAACAAGAAUAGAAAGAAAAGAACAAUCAAUCAACAAUAAAUUUAAUGCAAUUAGGCCAUGUUUAUUACUCUAAGGUCACGUUUAUCCUAUUGAAAAUGUAAUAGAUCAAUGGGAAUAAAAAAAGUGGGCUCCAUUUGAUUAUUUUUAGUGUUAUUUACUAGUGUUCUCAUUUGUACUGACACAUGGGCCCCAUCUAAAUUUAUAGUAGAAUAACGCAAUCUGAUUGAUAAAUAAAGGGUACUCAAUCUAAUUAUACCUGAGAAUUACGUAUUAUCGUUACCACUACCUUUACAGCUAUAGUUACCGUAACGACUACCAUUAUUGUUACUGUUCUGAUUGAAAAAUUAUUAAUUUUGACAUCUUUACUGUUACCAUUACUGUUACCGUUACCGUUUGACCCUCAGAGGUAGAGGUAGAGGUAAUAGUAAACUUGAUAAAAUUCAUAAUUUUAGGUAAAUGCGAUCAAAAUUAAUCUAAUUACGUUUGUGAUUCAAGUUCAUUACAAUUGAUCCAACAAUGAAAUUUCAUUAUGAUUACAUUAAUUUUCAUUACAGUUUGGUAAACGUGGCCUAAAAACGUAAUCUAUCAAUGUUAAUUUGAAAAGUGGUUUCAUUUGAUUAUGUUUGUUAUUAUUCACCUAUGUUUUACAACCGUGAUGAAAUGUGAGGCUCACUACCAAAUAUGUAAUCAAUAAAUGCAAUCUGAUUGCAGAGCUGAGGGUGAUCAAUUCGAUUGUGUAUGAAAAUUAUGUGAGACCAACAAGCUUUUUUUAGAUACUUUUGAAUGAUUUUUCAACUUUUGACUAUAUCACAGUUAUCUUUAUCGUUGCAGGUAUUGUUAUUGAAUGACCCUAAACGGUUACGAUAACGGUAAGAUUACGUUAUUCAUUGAAUUACAAGUACAAAGUUAACUGCUUCAAUCAAAAUCAGAUUAUGUUUGCAAAAUGUCAAAGCAAAUGUGAUCAAAAGCAAUCCAACUAUAUUUACAAUUGAUGUUCAUUACGAUUGAUCAUCAAUGGAAUACUAUUACGAUAACACUAAUUUUGAUUAUAGAUGGAUAAACAUGAACUUAGUGAUAAAAAAACAUGCAUAAC